AUGGUCGGAGUCCUCACAUACAACAUCCACUCCGGAGUCGGCAGCGAUGGUGUGUACGACCUCGAGCGCAUUGCAGGGGUCGUGCGCAGAUCUGGUGCCGACAUCGUCUGUCUGCAGGAGGUCGAAGCGAACAGCAAGAUGCUGCGCGUGCGUAAGUGGUCAGUCACGCAUGCUGACGACCAGCCACGGCGACUUGCUUCCAUAUGCGGCUUGCAGCACUUCGCGUUCUCAGCUACGCUGAGCGCAACAUUUGUGAAGGAUUCCCUUCGGGAGGGAGAAGUGCUACAUCAUUCUGCGGAUGGGCAAUAUGGCGUCUGCAUAUUGAGCAGGUUCCCCAUCAUCGAGACACGACGGAUGUUGUUCGACCGCCCGAAGGGAGAUCCUGGCGAACGCCUCUUCAUGGACCAGGAAGAGCAGCCGCGGGGCGCACUUGCGGUGCUCCUGGACAUGCGGGAAGAAGAUGCACGGCCGAUGUGGGUCGUGAACACGCAUCUUUCGCACAGGAUGGCAUCGCAGGAACAAAGGCGGCAGGCGGCGCAGGUCUUGCGAUGGAUCGACGGUCUACGAUCUGAAGAUCUUCGACGUGAAAGGUCUACCUUUCUGCUGGCAGCCGAUUUGAACUCGCCCUCUUUUCUUCCGUGGUCUGGGUACUCGGUGAUUGCGGCGGACUCCAGGUGGCGAGACCUGUGGAAGGAGGCUGGAGGCCCCUGCUGUUGCUCGGCGACCUUCCCCGCCGGCUGGUGUGGUGGCCUCUUCGGAACCAGGAUAGACCACAUCUUCGGGCUGCACCUUGAGAACGGUGCAACGCCAAUGUGCGAAGCUGCCCGGGUUGUGCGAGAGACCCCGGCUGAUGAACUCGCCUCAGACCACUGCGCCGUGCUUGUGCAGAUGGACUUCGUGGAGGAGCCGUUCGUGGGCGAGGAAGAGGUAACCAUCCACCAGUUCACGUUUGGUACUUCGGCGCCCAUCCAGCUGCCAGACUUUUCGCAGCACAAGUCGUCUCCGCAGCAUGAGGCCAAGUCGCUUCGACAAGCUGGCAAUGCCGGGGAAGAGCUGUCUCUGGCACCAGUGAGGGAAGAGCGACCGCUGCCAGACCGACCUCCCCCACCGAGGUCGCCGCCGCCAGCCAUCCACCGGCCGCCGCCCCCCUGUGGCGCACAGCCGCCCUUCGUCUCCCCGAGAAAUGCCUCACCCAGAACAACCUCCCCGAGGUUGCCUGGAAACUGGCAUCCACACAUGCCGCAGACAGGCUUUUACGGCCAGGUUCCGAUGCAACCGCCGAACAUGCUGUGGGCAACGCUUGCAAUGCGGUUUAUUGGCCUGCUGCCCAUGGAGAGGAGGCGAAAAGAGAGUAUCUGCUUGGUGUUGACCCAGGUAAGCUGGAAGAUGGCCCUUUUCUUUUGUCCGUGGAUAUCCAUCUCCCACGAUGAUGAGACAGAGGCCGAGUGGAGAGGCAUGCAGCAGAAGAUGGAGGGUGUGACGGAUCAUCCAUUGAUGGUUCUGGGAAAUCAUGCCUCUUUCCUCGAUGUUAUCGUCGCAACUUGCGCCAUGCCCACCUCUGUGCUCACCAGAUGCCGGACCUACAUGGAUGCGCAUUUGUUCAACAUGCCGCUAGUGUCGACAAUUUGCCGCUCUGUGGGGCACUUUCCCGUUUACUUCAUUAGCGACCGGGAUGGCGUCUUCAAGGUGGACAAGGAGAAGAACGAGAAAGUUGAUCAGGAAGUGGACAAGCACCUCCAAGCCGGCGGUUGGCUUUGCUUUUAUCCUGAAGGGCAGUGCAACAGAGAACCAGACCAACUUCUACCGUUCCGCUUUGGCGGCAUGAAGAAGGCUCUGGAGUUUGAUGCGCGCAUGAUCUCAGUCGUGUGCCAUGGGAACACUGUAGUUUGGCCGCGGAAGCUUCAGAUGGGUGGUUUUCCAGGAUCCAUUAAAGUUAGCUGCCGCCAGCUUGCGCCAGAUGGUGUGAAGGCACUGGUAAAGAAGCUCCGCGAGUCGGAAGAGACGCCGUCAGAGGACAAAGAAGCCGAGGACCACGUUCUGCUUGCAAAACAUUUGCAGUGUGUCAUGCAGAAACAGCAUCUCGGCCCAUCUACCAUCUUAGGCCUGCAGGAGUCCAUUCUGGUCACAUGGCUCAUGUCAGAACACCUCCAAGUGCCACUGGCGGCAGCCCCUGCCCAGGUCCACGCCAGCAUUGUUUGCAGGGGCGUGCCGGUCUACAACUCUGCGGCUGCUGCGGCAUACAGCCAGGCCUAUGUGGAACGCCAGCAGACGUUUGACCACACAGGCCACGGGCAGAGCAGCUGUGCCAGCGGCCUGCUAUGGAACUCUGGAAUCAACCUUACAGCUGAUCAGCUGCAGAGACCGAAAGAACCAGGUGCCUGCGGAGAUGGCUACGACCCAGCUUCCCAGGAAAUUCUCGCUGAAGAGGAUGCAGAGGGAGGGCCAGACGUUCAGCAGGUGGUGGGCAAGGAGCCUCCGCUUUCCAUUCGCUUUGCUUUCUGGCCCGGGACUCCAAGCGCUCCUACGGCGGAUGUCAGUGGCGAGGAGGACUCUGAAGAGGUGCAGGAGCACUUGAAGGAUGCAGUGGAGGGCACGCUGCGACUCAAGCGCCUGCUGAGCCAGGACUCUGAGGAUGGGGCCUCCAAGAAGAAGCGGGCCCUGGAACAGAGCCACGAUCGUGAACACCGGGAUACCAUUGACCAACUCUUGGAGAGAUGGGACAGGUUGGAUGACAAAGUCAUGCUGCACGUUCUGGAAGGGUUAAAGCAGAGGGAGCUCGACUAUCUGGUGCGAUCCUCCUUCAUGCCGGAUGAAUAUAAUUUCAGGACUAUCCCGGCCGACCAGGUGGCCACGCAGGUCGCCCUGUGGCUGGAAGGCCAGACGUUGGGUGGCGGACCCCUUGACACGCUGCAGACUUUCCGAGACAAGUGGAAGCUGGGCAUUGAGUCAGACGGUCUCUUGCGCGCAUUGAACCACAAGGACUUGAGGUACGUGAUAAAUCACUAUGACGGUACGCAAGACAUGGCCCAGCUGGUUGUGGAGGCAAAGAAGUCCUCUCCCCUGGAGGGCCGGACGGAAGGUUGCAUGCCAGAUGCGCCGGGCUUGGCCGCCAUUGGCCGCUUCCAUCGGCUCGAGCUCAUCGACCCCACUGCAGAUGCUGUGGUUUUUGGGGAUGCCAACUUGAGCUUCGCGUUGAAUUUAGCAAAACAUCGCAAAGUUCUGGGCCAUGUGGGCCGGGUUAUUGCCACAACCUUCGAGUCUUUAGAGACGCUGAGGGAGCGCUAUGAGGAGAUAGAUGAGACCAUCAAGACCCUGGAGGAUCACUUCUCAGACGUCCAUCACGAGAUCGACUGCACCCGAAUCGCUAUGAAUCCGAAGUUUAAGGGUCUGGAGGGGACCAUUGGGGCAGUUUACUACAACUUUCCCCAUGCGGGAGCCGUGGGUGGCUUUUUCGACGGUCACCCGUUUGUGAACUGGCGUCAUGAAAACUUGAUGCGCUUAUUCUUUCGGGCGUUGCGAUCCUUCAUGAAAGUCGGUGGCUUGGUGAAGGUUGCUUCGAACAUGGGAGCAGUGGGCGUCCGAUAUUCGUACAUAACCUUCGCUGCCAAAGAGAACGAAUUUGAUCAUGUUCGCGCCCAAGCGGGUGACAAAGUAGCAUCCAUCCUCCGGCAGAUCUCCGUGCCAUCUGUGCGCCUAGUGUUGCAAGGGCAAGAGCUGUCUGUUGAUGACGAGGUCUCGGCAGCUGGGCUGCUUGUGCCCGGCGUGGAGCUCACAGCUGUGGUGCAGCCAGGACGCGGUGGCUUUGAGGCCACGAGAGUGCUGACCACCUCAAAAGAUGCAACGGCCAAGAUUUUCGACCUUGAGACAGGUCUAUGUGAGUGCUCCUUCAACGAGAACUUCGACGACACGGGCUACGAAGACAUCAUGUCAGCCGAUGUCUCUGAGAGUGGGAGUAUCUUUCUCAUGGCCUGUGCGAACGGCAUGGUCUCGUUGUACAAAUCGAGCACCGGGGAGAGGAUCUAUCGGUUUCAGCUGGAGGGCCUUGCGAGUGCGGCAUUGGCUCCAGAUGGCACUAUGCUGCUUCUCGUGAGUGCCGAAGGGGACGUGCACCUUGUCGACUGGGCGCAGAACAAGGCACCACGCGCGCUUGCUGCGCUGGGGCGCGCCUUGCAAGCCAAGUUCUCCCCCAACAGCGCGAAGGUGGUCGUUGCCUUCAAGGAGCACACGGCGCAGAUAUUCGACGUGAGGUUCGGGCAGAGCGAGCAGCUCUUUGAAGGCCACAUGGGCCAUGUUUUGGCAGCCAGGUUUUCUCCUGACAUGUCGACCCUUCUGACAAGUUGUGCCGAUGGCGUACUCCGGCUGUUUAAUGCCAACACCGCCUCCCUCAUCCGCGACUUCCGCAGGCAAAUCAGCAUCUCUGAGGAGCAUUGCAGCAAGUUGAGCUCUUGGGCGCUGCGUAGGCAUGCGGGAUCUGCUCGCAGCUGCUGCUUCUCGCCUUGUGGGGAAUCGAUCCUGGUGGGGGCCGUCAGCGGCAACGUGGCCAAGAUGUUUGCGGUGGACGAUGGCAGAUGCACCAGGACCUUCUCGGGGCACACAGGCUUGCUGUCCUCGGCCGUCUUCUCCCCUAGCGGUGAUGCAGUUCUGACUUGUGCGGGUGACUGGACUGCUCGCUUGUAUGAUGUGGAGACGGCAGAGUGCCUUCGUGUCUUCAGUGGCCAUGAGGUGGAAACUGUGCCUUUCCUCCAGUGGAACCUUCAUCGGUACGGCCGAGCAUAUGGCGAUAGGCGCGAUGCUGGUCGCCGGCCUGGCAAAGCAGAGAACUACAACGCCCAGCGGGCCGAUCGAGACAUGGUCUACACCUUUAGAUACAAUCCCAGUGGCAAACAGCUGCCCCCGCCUGCCGGCUGCACUAUCUUGACUUGA